GAGGUUAAAGAGUAAAGGUUAUAGGUUAGCAGGAAGUCGUGCCUAGCAGACGGCAAACAUGACGGAAGCUGCGAAAUCGGAAGCAGAGCUCAGUAAGGAGCAGGGGAACCAACACUUUAAGGCUGGGGAGUAUGAGGAGGCUGUCAGCUGUUACACACAGGCUCUCAAGUUGUCUGAGAAAGGGGACAAGGGCAAGGCUGUGUACUACAAGAACAGGGCAGCAUGUCAUCUCAAACUGGAGGAAUACCAAAAGGCAGCAGCAGAUGCUUCAAAAGCCCUGGACAUUUCCGGUAAUGACUCCAAGGCCCUGUUCAGGAAGUGCCAGGCACUGGAGCACCUGUCGGAGGAGAACCCGCAGCACCUGACAACUGCGUACAAGGACGCCAUGCGGCUGCUGCAGAUGGAGCCCAAGGACAGCCAGGUGCGCGCCAUGCUGGUCCGCCUCAAGGACAGGGUCAUGAAACUGAGCACAGAAAAGCACACAACAACCAACCGUGUUGAACAGAUGUUAAAGAUUGCCUUUGGUAAGGAGGAGUCCUUGGAGAACAAGAGAAAGGCUGUGAGUAACCUGAUUGUUCUGUCGCGUGAAGAGGCGGGCGCUCAGCUGAUAUUCCGCGAGGGCGGGAUCCAGGGUCUGGACCUGCUACUGGACCAUCAGGACGAGGAAAUUCUCCUCAACGCCAUGAUGGCGCUCACUAACUUGUGUUAUGGACACAGGUCUAGGACCAUGGCACUGUUAGAUGCCAUCACGUUACCCAAGAUCUGUCGGCUUGUCGCACGACCAGAUGAGAAAGUGUCCAACGGGGCCACGUCAUUGGUUCAGGCAGCGAUCCGCGCCGUGACGGGAUUGGACAAGGUCAUACACCGUGGGGCGGAAGAGGCUGUGGUGAUUGAUAACACAGCCGACCUUGAACAGCUCCUGAAGGCCCUUCUGGUCAUGCUGAAGGACAAGCGAGUGUCGGGCAUCGGGCGUGACAACGUCAUCGACUUGAUCAUCAAGAACGUGCCCAAAAAGGGCGGGCUUGGCAUCAUCAUCAAGACCAACGUUGCACAGAGCAAAUACAAGGAUGGCAUCGGCUGUUCUGAGCUCUUUAUAGAUAUGGGAGGGUUGAAGGACUUGAUAAUUGUAGGUGGAAACGUGAAAGAUUCGGACCCCUGUCUUCCCAUGACUGAUGAAACCAGAAUGCACAUCUCUGUCUGUCUCACCCGUAUCUAUGACGACUACGCCAUUCACGACGAGGCUGUCAGGAGAUUUAAGGACAUCUGUCAGUCAACCGUGCAAGGCUUGCUGGGAGAAGUAGAGAAGAGAGGAAUGGUGGCAAACCUAGAAGCUAUCCAAGCCCUCACCACUAUUUUACAUGGCCCGUUUGAUGUAGGAAACAUCAUCCUGGGUAUCCAGGCCAUCAUGAAUAACAUGAUCGCCAUGUGUGCAGUGGAAGAACCAGACAUGCAGAUGAUUGCUGUUGAAGCCAUGAUCGCUGCUAUGUCUAAGAAAAAUCGCUCCACGUUCAUCCUAAGUCACGGGGCGGGGCUGCUGAAACAGAUCUACAAGUCUGAGUCUGCCGACGCUCCCAUUAAAGUCCGAGCACUGGUGGGUCUGAGUAAGCUGGGUUCUAUCUAUGGUUCAGACGGCACCAGGAAGGCUUUUGCAGAAGGCUCCACCCUCAAGUUGGCCAAGCAUUGCAGGAAGUUUUUGCUGACUUCGAGAGAGACAGACUUGCGUCGCUGGGCUGCGGAGGGACUGGCGUACCUCACCAUGGACGCUGACGUCAAAGAGUUCUUAGUGGACGAUCCCCAAACUGUCAGGGCCAUUGUGGAACUAGCAAAGGCAGGCGGAGUGAACGUGGUGUACGGUGUCGGCACCACGCUCAACAACAUGGUGAACGGUUACGAGUACGGGAAGGAGGAGGAACUCCCCGAGAUGAAGAAACUGGCCAAGUUUGCCAAGCAGCACGUCCCUGAGCCUCAUAAACUGGACUCUAAGGACCAUGUGGACAUGAGGAUUGAGAAGUUGGUGAAGGAGGGCGUGGUGGUCAGUCUGGUCGCGCUGUCCAAGACAGAGAGUCACGCCGAGCGGGAACUUCUGUCCCGUAUCUUCCUUGCCAUUACGGAACGGGAGGCACACCGUGGGAUCACGGUAGCACAGGGAGGGGCAAAGGUGUUGAUUCCCAUGGCCAAUGAGGGUUCAGACAAGGGGAAAUGGUUUGCUGGCCAGGCCUUGGCUAAAAUCGGCAUCACUACAAACCCUGAGAUCGCCUUCCCUGGACAGAGGGCGCUGGAGAUGGUUCGUCCAAUGAAAAAGCUUCUGGACAUGGAUGCUUCGGCGUUGCAGAACUUUGAAGCCCUGAUGGCGCUGACAAACCUGGCCAGCCAGAGCGAGAGUGUGAGGAGUCGUAUCUUUGAGGACAACGGUUUUGCCCUGGUUGAACACUACAUGUUUGAAGACCAUGAACUGUUGAAGAGGGCCGCUAUACAGUUGAUGUGUAACUUGGUGUCAAGUCCAAAGUGGUUGGAGAAGUACAAGUCCACAGGGAACGACAGGCUGAAGUACAUUGUGCUGUUGUGUGGGGAGGACGACUUUGAACUGGUGAAGGCAGCAGCAGGCACGCUGGCCCAGCUCACAGCUCACAAGGACAUGUGUGAGAGAAUACCAGACGAGGUGAAGUCCUGGGUAGAUAUCCUGUGUGAGGUCGGUGCCUCUCCCCUGCCAGACAUCCAGCAUCGCAUGAUGGUCGUCAUCGCUAACAUGAUGAUGGCCAGCAAGGAACUCGCUACCAAGAUUGUGGAGACGAAGAUCCUGGACGUCGUGAUGGCGGUACGCAUCUCGCUCAAGGACGACGCUGACCCGACCAGACAGAAAGUCAGGAAGUGUGUGGACAUGGCCCUGAGAGCAGCGACAGACUUCGGCCUCAUCAAACCUGCCAGCAACUUGGAGGAACAGGAGGCCCUUCCUGCAUCUGCAGAGCUUCUCAACGCAAGCUAGAUCUUCCUACAAACUCUCAUGCCACCCCCCUCCCCACCAUCUGUACAGAAUAAA